AUGUCAUAUUGUACUAGAGCAGGAUCAAACGGUUCGACAGAGAAUCCUUCCCCGUUGAAAUUCAGGCCGACAUCCCCCGUCUAUGGAACACCUGGCCAAGAGCUACAGCGGAAGGGUUUGGAUGAGCAUGAGGUUGCAGCAACCGAGAAAGUAGCUAUCAAGUGUGAUCGUGUUAACCCUUGCCAUCAAUGUGUCAAGACCACAGCACGCUGCACCUACACAUUCGGUCGUAAAGCAAGAGAAAAGCGGCAAAGGGUCCUUAUAUCGAGCGUCUAUGAAAGGAGACUUGAGGACAUUUCGAUCAAGAUUGACCAACUUGGCGAGGUAGUAAAGCGGCUAGCUGAUGAGCGCCCCGGUACUCCUUGUCUCAGGAAUCCCGUUAAUUUGAAUGUCUCAUUACAUUCAUCACUUCAGUCCAGCAGUACUCAAACGCACAUCCAGCCCCCAAGUCAGGCGAGGGCUAUUGAACCAUCAUUGUUUGCCCAAGUCAUGGUCAUAACUGGAGCACUCCAGGCCACUGUGUCGGACAUCCCAUAUGGUAACGUUAGCACAGAAAUGACUGCGGCCCUGGAUGCCUUGUGGAUGACGGUCAGCGUGCAAAAGCAGCAGAAUGAGACACUGGCAGGCUCACGUCCGUUUCGGAAUGAACUUUCUUCCGGCCUCAGUCUCCGGGAUCUGCCUAUCCCUCCCUUGGAAAAAAUCAUGGCAUGCCUAAGGAUCGCUCAAGAGAGUCCACCGAGUCAGCUUUAUUGGCCUUUUGAGUUUGGAUCUCUGGCCGAAUUCACCCAAUACGUCAUCAAGGCCUGCUCGCCUGGUCCGAUCACAGAUAUGGAACUGAUUAUUGUCCACUAUGUUCUGUCCUGGCUGUUUACUGAGUGUUCGAAUAGUGCCGGGGACGAGGACGUCCGGCGGGAUUACGAGAUGCAGGCGCUGACUUGCAGGGGCUGCCUGGAGACAAUUAUAUCCAACCUUUCCUUCCAUAUCGAUACGCAUACGGACUCUAUACGUGCCAUGUACAUGGCUGCCCUUUACUGCCUUUAUUGUGGAAAAGUGUCCACGGCAUGGACAUGUAUUACAAGGGCCUCACUUAUGAGCCAGGCCCUUGGGUUACAUAGCAGCCACAUUAUGGCAGCCGAGCCCACAGAAGGAGUACAGGGGAAGGUCCGCCUGUUCUGGGCGAUAUACGUCCUUGAGAAGUCUCUGUCCUUGCGUCUCGGUAGAUCCUCCACCAUUCGAGACCAGGAUAUCACGGUGCCGCGACUGCUCAUGGACUGCAAGAUGACCUCUCUGGUUUACAACCGGAUGCCCGACUGGAUCGACGUAGCCAACCUCCACGGCAGAGUGUAUGACAAUUUAUACAGCCCGAAUGCUCUAGAGCAGCCAUUUUCCGAUCGUGUCUCUUGUGCCAAUGCCCUCGCUUCUGAGCUAGAACAGAAACGACCAAACCAAUGGACUAGCCAUGGGAUACAUGCUGGGCUGUCUAAAUUUAUCAUACAUGCCACCCGGGCGAUCGAUUAUUCUACCCUGGCAUCGAUCUAUAGAGGUACUUCGUCGGAGAAACCCUUCAGCAUGGCUUCUUGUCCGGAGUGCAUCACCGCAGCCAGAGCAGCCCUCGAAGAUAGCGAAGCCUGCAUUUCCAUGAUCGCCGAUAUGCCAUCCUGGCCUCCCAGUUAUGACGUGUGGGUCAAUGAGAUUCUUCUACUCGCCCCGUUUAUGCCUUUCUUAAUUCUACUCGGCAACGUCGUGGAGAGCUCCGACCUGUCAGACUUGGGGCGCCUACAACGACUAAUUCAUGGUCUGCACUCGCUGACACGAUCGCCUCGGUACUCCAGCUGCAUUAGGCAGCUACGCAUUUUCAAGGCCCUCUAUGAUGUCGUCGCGAUUUAUGUUCAGAACAAGGCAACAAGCAGUUUAGUGGACCUAAUUGGUGGCGAUCAAUAUACGGAGCUAGGCAUCGACAAAUAUAUAUUCGACCCUGAUGUGGAUGGAUAUUCCGUCUGA